AUGGCAAAACUCACUGAUGAUGCCGACUAUGAUGCUGGGAAUCAUGUCAACUACUAUGGCCAACGACUUCGGACUAGGUGCGUUCUACUAAAUCCUUCUGACAACAAGACCGAAUUGCGAGAACGAAGUCAACUCACUUCUAUAAAUCGAAAGAAGACUGCGACCAUACCAGAGAUCACAACAUCUUGGUCAUCCUAUCUAGGAUUAUUCAAGUUGUUUUUUUAUUCCACAGACCAGUUAUAA